GCUGACUUUAGACGCCAUUUUGUCAGCCAUUUCCUACACUGAUCCAUUGCCAGCGUCUCUGCACAGCACAGGACGCCCCGUCUGGCCUCAGCUUCACCUACCUGGGCUUGGUAAACAGCAGCGGAUCCUGCACGCACGGUCCCGGGUGGAUGAGAGACAGUCUAGCGGGUCGGUCGGCACCCACUAGACCUCUGGAAGGCGCUUGGCCCCGCAGGACAGAAGCGGUACAAGCCACAGACAGACAUGGCUUUGAAGAUUGUCAAAGGGAGCAUCGAUCGGAUGUUCGAUAAAAACCUUCAGGAUUUAGUACGUGGCAUUAGGAACCACAAGGAAGAUGAGGCCAAGUACAUCUCCACGUGCAUCGAUGAGAUCAAGCAGGAGCUCAAGCAGGACAACAUCGCUGUCAAAGCCAAUGCUGUGUGCAAGCUCACCUACCUUCAGAUGCUGGGCUAUGAUGUCAGCUGGGCCGCUUUCAACAUCGUUGAAGUCAUGAGUUCCUCCAAGUUCACAUACAAGAGGAUUGGCUACCUGGCGGCCUCGCAGUGUUUUCAUGAGAGCACUGAUGUCAUCAUGCUGACAACCAAUCAGAUCCGAAAGGAUCUCAGCAGUCCCAACCAGUACGACACAGGUGUUGCCCUUACUGGCCUGUCUUGUUUUGUGACCCCUGACCUGGCUCGGGACCUGGCCAAUGACAUCAUGACACUGAUGUCCCACACUAAACCCUACAUCAGAAAGAAAGCGGUGUUGAUCAUGUACAAAGUGUUUCUGAAGUACCCUGAGUCCCUGCGCCCUGCUUUCCCCAGGCUCAAGGAAAAACUGGAGGACCCAGACCCAGGUGUCCAGUCUGCAGCAGUAAACGUUAUCUGUGAACUGGCUCGGAGAAAUCCCAAGAACUACCUGUCCCUGGCCCCCCUCUUCUUCAAACUCAUGACCUCCUCUACUAAUAACUGGGUUCUCAUUAAGAUCAUCAAGCUGUUUGGUGCACUCACACCGCUGGAGCCACGUUUGGGGAAGAAACUGAUUGAACCUCUUACGAACCUUAUCCACAGUACAUCUGCCAUGUCUCUGCUGUAUGAAUGUGUCAACACUGUGAUUGCAGUGUUGAUUUCCUUGUCCUCUGGGAUGCCUAACCACAGUGCUAGUAUCCAGCUCUGUGUGCAGAAACUGCGAAUCCUGAUAGAAGACUCGGACCAGAACUUGAAGUACCUGGGCCUGCUGGCCAUGUCAAAGAUCCUGAAGACCCACCCCAAGUCAGUACAGUCUCAUAAGGACCUCAUCCUCCAGUGUUUGGAUGACAAGGAUGAGUCCAUCCGCCUGAGAGCUCUGGACCUGCUCUAUGGCAUGGUAUCCAAAAAGAACUUGAUGGAGAUUGUAAAGAAACUGAUGCUGCAUGUGGACAAAGCAGAAGGAACCACCUACAGAGACGAGCUGCUCACCAAGAUCAUCGACAUCUGCAGCCAGAGCAACUACCAGUACAUCACCAACUUUGAAUGGUACAUCAGUAUCCUCGUGGAGCUGACCCGAUUAGAGGGCACACGGCACGGCCACCUCAUCGCCUCUCAGAUGCUGGAUGUGGCUAUUCGGGUCAAAGCCAUCCGAGGCUUUGCUGUUGCCCAGAUGGCCACUCUACUGGACAACGCCCACCUGUUGACAGGCAACAUGCAGCGAAUGGGCAUCUGUGAAGUGUUGUAUGCGGCAGCCUGGAUCUGUGGUGAAUUCUCAGAACACUUGGAGAACCCAAUGCAGACACUGGAGGCCAUGCUGAGGCCUAAGGUGGCCACUCUACCAGGCCACAUCCAGGCCGUGUAUGUGCAGAACGCAGCCAAGCUGUUUGCCACUGUGCUGAAGAGCCAAGAGGGGAACACAGACAGCACAGCAGCACAGGAAACAAGCCAACUGAUGAUAGACAGGCUGCCGCUGUUUGUCCAGAGCGCCAACCUGGAGGUGCAGGAGAGGGCAUCUUGCAUCCUGCAGCUGGUCAAGUACAUCCAGAAACUGCAACAGAAGGACGUAGAGGUAGCGGAGGAGGUCAGUGCUCUGUUUGCUGGAGAACUCAACCCUGUAGCCCCCAAGGCACAGAAGAAAGUGCCUGUUCCUGAAGGUCUGGACUUGGACUCCUGGAUCAACGAGCCUCCAUCUGAGAGUGAGUCUGAGGACGAGCAGCCCAAGGCUAUUUUUGCCAAGGAGGAGCCUAAACACUCCCGCCCCCGUCGAGAAGAGGUGGAUGAGAAGGAACUGGCAAAGAGGAGAGAAGCCAGGAAGCAGGAGCAAGCCAACAACCCAUUCUACAUCAAGGCCUCCCCAUCCUCUCAGAAGGUGUACCAGGAAGCACCAGGAGUGGAGCACAUCCCAGUCGUACAGAUUGACCUCAGUGUGCCUCUCAAAGUCCCAGGUCUGCCCAUGUCUGACCAGUACGUGAAACUGGAGGAGGAGCGUCGGCAGAAAGAGAGGGCAGAGAAGAAAAAGAAGGAGAAGAAGAAGAGGAAAGAAAAGCGCAGUGGACGAGGGAAGAAACAUGAUUCGGGCCCAGAGAGUGAGGAGGACAUCACACCUGCGCACCAGGUCGACAUUGUUACAGAGGAGAUGCCAGAGAAUGCCUUACCCAGUGAUGAUGAUGACAAAGACCCCAAUGACCCUCAUAAAGCCCUGGACAUCGACCUGGACAAGCCACUUGCAGACAGUGAGAAGCUACCAGUCAGGUCACACCGUGCAGCAGAGGCUCCAAAAAGCCCAACCGAAGAUGGAGAUGCCGCUUCACAGGAGCCCAAGAAGAAGAGUAGCAAAGAAAAGAGAGAGAAGAAGAAGGAUAAAGAUAGGGACCGGAAGAAGAGCAAAGAAGAGAAGAAGAAGAAGAAACACAAACAUGAAGAAAAGGGGGAAGAUCUUCUCGGGGGUGAGGCAGAGGAGCCUGUGGUUCAAUCAGAAGAAACCAAUGAGGUGGCAGCACCACCCACCUCUACUAGUGCUGAGGUUUCGGAUCUGGAUUUCUGGCUCUCAAACGCUCCAGUGCCCUCUAACACCCAGGAAACAGUGACAGUAGCAGCAGCAGAAGCAGCCCCCAUGCCCGAGGCCACCUCUGGCACGGCGCCAGACUCCGAGCCCGAUGAGCCCAAAGACACUGAGAUGGAGGAGACUAAGUCCUCCAAACACAAGAAGAAGAAGCAGAAAAAGGAGAAGGAAGAGAAGGAGAAGAAAAAGAAGAAGAAGCAUCAUCACCAUCAUCACCACAGUGAUGGAGGUGGAGAAGAGUCAGUGCAGAAUGGCACUGUGGAGGAGGAAGAGCCUCUGCCGCCCAUGUCCAAUUACUGCCUGCUGGCUGAGAACUCCUACGUCAAGAUGGUGUACGACAUCCAGGGAAAUCUUCAGGAUGGCAGUCAGGUGGUGGUGUCUGUUAUAUUUGAAAACAAGUGUGACAGCUUCCUCAAAUCCAUGGAGUUCAACGUCCUGGACUCCCUCAACUCCAAGCUACAGAGGCCAGAGGGUUCGGGUCCACAUGAUGGCCUGACCGUCCCCUUCCAACUUCCACCUGGGGUCUCCAAUGAGGCACGAUUUGUCUUCACUGUGCAGAGCAUCGUUAUGCCACAGAAGCUGAAGGGAACCCUCACCUUUAUAGUAAAGAACGAGGACUCCUCUACUCAUGAGAAACUGGAUUUCAAACUGCACUUUACCUGCACCUCCUACCUAAUCACUACUCCUUGCUACAGUGAUGCGUUUGCCAAGCUGCUGGAGUCAGGCGACCUGAAGUGCAGCUCUGUCAGACUGGAGGGGGUCAACAUGCCCUUCCACCACCUACUGGCCAGGAUCUGCUUCCACCACCAUUUCUCUGUUGUGGAGAGAAUCGACUCCUGUGCCUCAAUGUACAGCAGGUCUAUCCAGGGUCACCAUGUCUGUCUGCUGGUCAAAGUGUCUGCUCAGACAGUGUCCAUUGACGCUAAAUGUGACGAGCCGACGCUGCUUGGGAAUGUGCUGGAUGAGAUCAAGCAGACCUUCUCUCAGUGCUGAUUGUGUCCGACAGCCCCAGGGUGCCCCCCGACCCCUUCAUGCCGCCCCCUCCUCCCUCGCUGAAACACAACAUAAUCAUGUUACGAAAACACUGCUGCUGGCACUUCCAGUAUCGCCCUAUUUAUUAGUCCUCAGAUUCGCAAGAUUUCUUUCCCCUUACCUUCUUCUUCUUCUUCUUCUUCAGUGUCCCACACUCUGUUGUUCCUCUGCACUCUGAGCUCUGUGGUCACUCCCCGACACUUGAUGUUGUUUUACAGGACUCACUGUGUACAUGCGCCAUCUUCUCUGCAAUGCAAUUUAAUUUUUCAAACCUCAGCAGCUCACCCUGUUCCUCCCUGCUCCGACUCUAUACUUAGCUCCUGUUUCCUGAUGCUCUUUGCCGUGUACCCCUUUUCGCCCUCCACUCUGUCGGCAAUUCAGUCUGUGACAGUCAUGUAAUGUAAUGUUGGCAACUGGACUUUUGCUGUUGACUUGUGUUUUUACUGUGUUCAAGGUUUGUUUGUUUUUGUUUGUUUUUGUCUCUUUAUUUUUGUCUGAAGCCUGUCUGCGCCUUUGUCUCACCCCUUUUCUUUCCGCUCACUGAACAUCCGUGUGCGUGCUGCUCGUCUGUUGUAGGCCUGGAAAAACCAUGUGAUUGACUGUCUCUGUAUGGUCCUAGCUGGGGGGGAAAAUGGGGACUCUAAACCUGCUCGCCCACCACUGACCUGGUGCCUGGAGAAGACCAGAUGCUGCAGUGAGAACAGAGCAGAGAUGAAACCAAAGCUACAUAUAAGGCAUGGGUUUUACACUUCUUUCCAAGCCGCUGCCCUACUUGCCUUUUGGCGAGGCUCAGAGCAGAUCUGCUAGUGUUAGUUCAACAGAAUCCUUGUGUGGCGCUACGGGUGAUUUGUAGAUGCUCUGUGCCUUAGCCCUGCAGUCUGACCUACUCCAGCGAAUCAUGAGUCUUGUAGAGCUCAACCUCCUUCCCCCAGUAUAUGCUCCCUGUUCAACUGUGCUAAGCUGCAGUUUAACUCCCUCCCAAGCAACAUAUCAGUCCUUUCACGAAUUGAAGACAGUGAAGUGUGAAAAUGUUUAGACAGUUUGCUGUCAGGCUAGUGCUGCCUGAUCAGCGUCCUCUUCAGCUCACAGAUGGUUACGUCGGUUGUAUAGAAGAUGUUAUAUUAUUGUAAUACAAAGAAGGAUACUGUUAUUUCUAUGAAACUCCUAUGGUGCUGAGGGCACUCAUGUUUGUUACCACAUGGUGAAGGUAGUGACAGAAUAAUCUGGCCAAAAGAGAGCCAUCCAUGUUACAUCACUGUCCUGCCUCCUUUGACUGGCAAAGGGACAACAAAGUUACGAUAUCAGCCUGUCUUUAUCCUUAAAACCAGCUGAAUAUCAGGUUGCUGAAGUUCUUUGUAAGCAGAGACUGUUGAAUGGUUUUAGGUUCCCUUUCAAUCAGUAUUAGGCGAUGUGGCCUCCACUGUAAAGAAGCUUCCACUCUGUCAACAGCAGAAAGCAGAAAGAAAGUUUUGUCUGUCUUCAUGUGAAACCAUGUGAAACCUUUACGCCCGUGCCACUUGGAUGUUUGCAUCACAGUAGCUGCACCCGGGCUGGCUGACACCCAGCUGGCGUGUAACCAGAUAAACCCUGAUGUUCCUUUCUCCUUUCAGAAACUGCCUUGCCAAUUUUUUCUUCACUGACAUGUAAAAAUGAUGAACAUGAAUGGCUGUUUUUUUUUUGUUUUGUUUUUUUUAAACAAAAAAUGGCCUCCUCUUAGAAGACUCUCAGAGGUAUUUGAUGUUUUAGUUCAUGUCAUUCAUGUCUGAGGUCACUACCCGGUCCAGCACGACUUAAUCCAGUAGUAGCAAGAUAAAAACUGACUCGGUAGCGUCUCUGAUCAUAUUUACUGGUAAGGCCCUCUUCACUUCUGUCUGCUAUUGUAGAUAACUGUGAUAAUGAUGUCUGUGUCCUGAAGGUCAGGUCAGCCAUUCCAUGACAUCUUCUGUCCAGUAGUAGAGUCUGAAUACACGUGUGAUCAGCUGUAUUUCAGGAAUGUCAAUAGAAAAUAAUUAUGUAUGUAUUCCCUGUUCCUAAAAAUGACUGAUAUUAAGUGAAACUGAAAAAACAACCCCUCCAAUCAUACAUUGUCCUAAUUCUGAUCAUUUUUCCUGUGCAUACUAUUUGAUUAAAAUUUGUAUAUUGCAUGAUUAGGAAUGUACACUUUUUAUUUCCCCCUUUAUUUUCAGUUUCAACGACAUGCUUACACAAACUAAAACUUGUCAUUCCAUUUUGUCCUUUUUUGCUUUAUAGUUUUGUUUUGUUUUGUUUUUUUAAUGAAGUUUACUUGACCAUUCUCUAUUUUUGAUGGUAUUGUGUUUUUAUCUAUUCUAAGUUCAGACAAAUUAAAAAGAAAAAAAGAAAAACAGUGAUAUCAAUGAAUGUUUUAAAUUAUUAAACACAUGGGGAAGGAAGGGGGUUCUAUUUGGUGUCAACAGGCCACUUGAAGCAGUGUACUGAGAGGCGACCCACUCUGUCUUAAUUCUUUAUUGGUUCAGCUGUAGUGAGUUAUUUUACCAAGUUUGGCUUGUGACAUUGAACUAUACUCUCAUAUGACUCUGAUUUCUGAAGAUCCUUGUCUUUUUAUUUGUCCAUGAUCAAAAUAUCAUAAUGUACAAUGUAAAUGUUUUAAAGGGGACAAUAUAAAUUAUCUACAUUCCCUUUAAAGACAGUCCACCCAAAAUUAAAAAUAAAGGCUGUAAGAAGCUGC